CCUGGCCUUGUUGCUACAGGCGCUGCUCUGUGGGGAGGAGAAAGCUGCAGGAAUUUUUACUACUGCGGAUCAGCUUCUUGUUACUGCCCUCAUCUUCAUCUUCAUCCUUUCCCUCCAAACCUUAGAGGCUCCAAGGAUUACUGGAUUCAUUCAGACCGACAUGGCAGCGACUUUAAGGAGAUUGACCAAUACGUCCUCAUUCACAGUUUUACAGGAGAAGCUUGAGAACUGGCACAGAGACUACCAUGUUUUUUCCUGCGAACAGAAUCUGAACAGAUGUUGUGAGUUGAUCGAGCUCACUGCCAAGAUCCAAGGCCAGCUGUUUGCUAUCCUAAACCUUGCUGCAGCUGAAGGUGGUCAGUAUGCUGGAGUUGACACUCUUAAAACACGUCUUCUUCCUUGGCUUGGAAAUAGUUUCUCCAUUUCAAGGCCUUCUGUCACUGAUGACACCAGCAUGCAGCUCAUCCAGGAUUCAGCAGAGAAGGACAGACAGCUCAGGGAGCUCUCUUGCUCCCAUGAGAGCGACAUGAAGAAGAUGGAGGUUCAGCUGAUCUCCACUCGCCUCCAGCUGGACUCGGUCACUGCAGAGCUUGUGGAUGUUCAGAAGGAGCUGGAAGAAACAAAGAGGAAGUCAGCGACCACCCUACUCGCCACCGAGGAUGAAAUCUUACAGCUCAAAUCAGAUUUACGUUCUGCAAAUGAGAGGUUGGAAAUCUAUAAGAGGAAGCUGGAGGCUCUUGAUGACUAUGAGCGACAAAUUCGCUUGUUGAAGGAUGAAGUGUCUUAUCUGAACACAGAGAAGGCCAUGCUGCAAGAGAGGUUGGUCAGAAGUCGCUCUCCGAGCCCUUUGCCCAGGCUCAGCCGCUCAUCCAGCCCACCGAGGAACGGGUCGCCCACCAGAGCCCAGCUUACCAACUCCUCCCGCUACGCACGCCUCGUCUCAAGUUUCAGUGAUCUGUACGCCGUGGAGCGUCUGGAAGCACAGAGCCUCCUACGACGCUACAUUGCAGACUUUGAGAUGAUCCAGAGAAUCAUCUUUAUAGCUGCCAUGGAGUCCUUCCAAAGAGCAAAACUGGACUACCGUAAGUUCAAGCUGCGAGUGAGAAAGACGCUGUCCUCCCACAUUGGUCCUGAAAGUCUGGAGGACGCUGCUGUGGAUUACAUCGUGAAAAACCUGGACCUCUAUGAUGUUCAAAGCAGUGUCAAUGAUGUGAUCAAUGCUAUGAACCUGAACCUUCAGAUCUCCUUCCCUCCUGAGGUGGACUUAAGUCUCAUUAGUGAUUUAAUCAGAGAGACAUGCAGGGUUGCUUUUGCCAUGCAGACACUGGACCCACCUCUUGAUUUGGCCUUUGCAAGUGAUGGUGAACUAUACAACGAUACCAAAUACCGCCGCAGCUUUGACUCCGAGUUCACAGCUCCUCUGGUGAGCUACCAUGUGUGGCCUGCCUUGGUGGAAGGAAACACGGUAGUUGUUAAAGGCGAGGCUGUGACCAGAAGAGCGGCACUGUGGAGCAGAAGCAGGAGCAGAAGUGUCAGCCCUUUACGCUCCCGAUCUCUCAGCCCAUCUCACAGUCUUAGAUUUAACAGCAAGAAAAGCCUAUCUCCUGAUCGCCUUACAACAAGGCACCUGUGAGCUCUCGCCUCCUUGGUGAGCAAUGCGCUGAUUUCCCCCACUGCUUCCUGCAUAUAAAAUAAACUCUUGGGGAUUUGGAUAUUUGAAAUCUACGGUGUGUUUUAUCCAUCCAUUCAUCAAUUCUCUUCCGGGGUCGGGUCGUGGGGGUAGCAGCUUCAGUAGGAAGGCCCAGACGUCCCUCUUCCCAGGGGAAAUCCGAAGCGUUCCCAGGCUAGCCGAGAAACAUAGUUCCUCCAGCGUGUCCUGGGCCUCCUCCCAGUGGGACGUGCCCAGAACACCUCACCAGGGAGCUCAGCUUUCUCUUCACCACAAUGGACUGGUACAGCACCCCCUUCACAGCAGACACUGCACCUUUCCGCCUGUCGAUCUCCCACUCCAUUUUUCCCUCAUUUGUGAACAAGACCCCAAGAUACUUAAACUCCUCCACUAGGAACAGUACAUCCUCCCAAACCCAGAGAAAGCACUCUAGUAUUUUACAGCUCAAACCAUGGUAAUGGAUUUGGAGGCACUGAUCCUCAUCUUGGCUGCUUCACACUUGGCUCCAGUGAGAGCUGUAGAUCACGUCCUGAUGAAGCCAAUAGAACCACAUCAACUUCAAAUAGCAGAGACAUUAUCCUAAGGCUACCGAAACGGAUCCCCUAAACACCUUGGCUGCGUCUAGAAAUCUGUCCAUAGAAAUUAUGAACAGAAUCUGUGACAAUAGACAACCUUGGCGGAGUCUCGCCAGAAACGAGUCUGAUUUACUGCCAGCAAUGCGGACCCGGGUCUCACACCGAUCAUACAGAGACCUAACAGCCCUUGUUAAAGGUCCUGGUACUCCAUAAUCUCGGAGUAUCCCCCCUACAGGACCCCCCCAAGGGAAACGGUUGCAUGCCUUCUCCAUAAAAUCCAUAAAAGCACAUGUAGACUGGCUGUUAUGUGUUUUAUAUGAUCUUAUAUUAGAUUAUUAAUCAAAGAUUGUUUAUAUUUUACAAUGUGCAGAAAUAGCCAAGCAGCUACUCUUACUAUAUUUGCUGAGGUGUAGAUUCUUACUAACAGUGUUCUGUUGGGCUCAUCAAAUUUAUUAUCUUUAUUUUGAGAUAUUUGAAAUCAUAUUCAAAAUGUUAAUUUCUUUAUAUGUACGACCAAAGCCUGCAGCAACAGUCUUUCUCAAGACUGUGAAGGACGUUCCUAUAUGGUGCUAAAGAUGUCAGUUCUAACCUCACAAUCUUUGGUGCUUCAGGAUCUGGUGUCUACUGUUAAAAGUACAUUCUUAUAUGUUUGUUGAAUUUUAUUGUGCGCUUAAUUUAGUUGUUUUGUACAUAGAAUAAAAUUGAACUUUAU